AUGGAAGGUGAGUCUCCUGGGCGCAUCUACACCGACCCGCCCUCCAGACCCCUGCGACUGCUGCUCGCCUACCCGUUCGCGCCUGCUGCCGGGGCCGCCACCAGCGCCGCCGCCGAGCCCGAGGGCCCCGGAGCUAGCUGCGCGGCCGCUGCCAAGGCGCCGGUAAAGAAGAACGCGAAGGUGGCCAGCGUGAGCGUGCAGCUGGAGAUGAAGGCACUGUGGGACGAGUUUAACCAGCUGGGCACGGAGAUGAUCGUCACCAAGGCCGGCAGGCGCAUGUUCCCUACGUUCCAAGUGAAGCUCUUCGGCAUGGACCCCAUGGCCGACUAUAUGCUGCUCAUGGACUUCGUGCCGGUGGACGACAAGCGCUACCGGUAUGCCUUCCACAGCUCCUCGUGGCUGGUGGCCGGAAAGGCGGAUCCUGCCACGCCGGGCCGUGUGCAUUACCACCCUGACUCGCCUGCCAAGGGCGCACAGUGGAUGAAGCAAAUUGUGUCCUUCGACAAGCUCAAGCUGACCAACAACCUGCUGGAUGACAACGGCCACAUUAUUCUCAACUCCAUGCAUAGAUACCAGCCUCGCUUCCACGUUGUGUACGUGGAUCCACGCAAGGACAGCGAGAAGUACGCGGAGGAGAAUUUCAAAACCUUCGUGUUUGAGGAGACUCGCUUCACAGCCGUCACCGCCUACCAGAACCACCGGAUCACGCAGCUCAAGAUCGCCAGCAACCCCUUCGCCAAAGGCUUCCGGGACUGCGACCCAGAGGACUGGCCCCGGAACCACCGGCCCGGAGCGCUGCCGCUCAUGAGCGCCUUCGCGCGCUCGCGGAACCCCGUGGCCUCCCCCACGCAGCCCAACGGCGCAGAGAAAGACGCGGCCGAGGCCCGGCGAGAAUUCGAGCGCGACGCAGGCGGGCCGGCCGUGCUUGGGGACCCGACGCACCCGCCACAGCUGCUGGCGCGGGUACUGAGCCCCGCGCUACCUGGGGCCGGAGGCGCCGGCGCCCUCGUCCCGCUGCCCGGGAGCCGGCCCAGCCCCCCGCACCCAGAGCUGCGCCUGGAGGCGCCCGGCGCGUCGGAGCCGCUACACCACCACCCCUACAAGUACCCGGCCGCUGCCUACGACCACUACCUCGGGGCCAAGAGCCGACCGGCGCCCUACCCGCUGCCCGGCUUGCGCGGCCACGGAUACCACCCGCACGCGCACCCGCACGCGCACCCUCACCACCACUCCGCGGUGAGCCAGGCAGCCGCCGCCGCCGCUGCUGCGGCCGCCGCGGCCGCCGCCGCCAACAUGUACUCGUCAGCAGGGGCCGCGCCUCCAGGCUCCUACGACUACUGCCCCAGAUAA